ACAAGGUUGCAGCUUUGGACUCUGAUGGGCAGCCGGACUGCAGAGCAGGAGUGCAUACAAAGCGCCCGGGCUGCUGUGCUGUCCGCGAGAUAGUGGGGUAUAUGGGACGGGCAAUGAGGCAGAACUGAAAGUGGCUCUUUCCCCCCCCAAUAUCGACGUAACGUGGCCAUGCUGAGCUCUGAGCUUGACAGACAAGCAAGCAAGCUGGUGCUGGAGCGGCGUUAGCUUUUGCUAGUAGCUGCAAAGCGUCCUGUCCGUCCGUGGCGUGGAUCACUUGCACGCGCUACGCUGCAAGCUGGCUGUGUGUGCACGCGCGCACUUACUUGAGGGCGAGCCCGAACUCAGUCGAAGUAAACGAUAAGGAGCCCGGCGCGCGGGCGCUCGCCUUCGCUCCAGGCCCCGCCUCGUGACGUUCCGUACAGUAUGUAGCAUUCCGAAGAAGUAGCAAAAAGCGCCUUGCAAAGAGUAGGGCUGCUCCGUUGCAUUUUGCAGCAAGCCAAGCUCCAGCCUGGGCAAAGACCAGCACCUUAUUAGCCAGUUCUCGUUUCACUGUUUUAAUUUAAAACUGAAAUACCAGUUAACUAAUAAUUUACAGGGCCCAAGUUCCCCACCCACCCUUUCCCCAGGCUGUCAGACCAAUUGGCCAGAGAAAAUGCCCAACGAUUCCUCCUUCAGCAAACCCUCGGCUGCCUCAGAGCAUCAUGUCGAGGGGGGUAAGAUGGACAGUUUCGGGAAACCGGCUGCGUUGGCCGCAGGAGGUGGAAACAAUGGCGGGGUCUUAACUCUGGGUGCCGCCGGUGCUGCUGCGCCCAGUACCUCGGCCAGGAAAUCGCGGCUGCCGAAAUGUGCGCGUUGUAGGAACCACGGAUAUUCUACGCCUCUGAAAGGGCACAAACGCUUUUGUACGUGGAGAGACUGCCAGUGUAAAAAGUGCAGUCUGAUUGCAGAGAGGCAACGCGUGAUGGCAGCCCAGGUUGCAUUAAGAAGGCAGCAAGCUCAAGAGGAAGAGCUGGGGAUCAGCCACCCCAUUCCACUGCCCAGUGCCACAGACAUGUAUGUCAAGAAAGAGAACAAUGGAAAUGGUUCUUGCCUCUUGUUGGAAAGCAGCAGCCCACCACCAUCCACGGCAACAGCAUCUGCCUCAGCUACAGAGGGACGGAUGCUGAUUCAGGACAUUCCUUCCCUAACCAGCAGAGGGCAUCUGGAGAGCACAUCUGACUUGGUUAUGGACUCCAACUACUACAGCAGUUUUUACCAGCCAUCCCUGUUUCCUCCUUACAUGUACAAUUACUCCCAGUACCAGAUGGCUGUGGCCAGUGAGACCACCUCUGGAGACAUGGGGAGCCCACUGGUAGGGUCCCCUGUUAAAAACAGCCUCCGAAGCCUCCCAGCAACCUAUAUGUCAAGCCAGUCAGGAAACCAGUGGCAGGUAAAAAGCCCAGAGAACCGCCACAGCAUGAGUUCCCAGUACCGGAUGCAUUCUUACUAUCCUUCCACCUCCUUCCUGGGACAGAGUGUUGGGACCCCUGCCUGCUUUCCCCAGAUUUUCACUUUGGAGGAGAACCCCUCUUACUCUGAAACAAAAGCAAAUGUAUUUUCGCCACCCAGUAGUCAGGAUUCUGGCUUGGUUUCCCUUUCCAGCAGUUCGCCCAUCAGCAACGAAAGCACCAAAGCUGUCUUGGAAUGUGAGUCAACCUCCGAUUCUGGCACCUUCGCUGUUAAUUCUGUCAUGGAAAAUGGUGAAUGAGCAAUGUUGAGAGAGAGAGGAUCCUGGCUGCCUUGGAGGAAGGUUGCCUUGUUCAGUUGUGUUUAUUUUAUGAUGACUGAUACUGAAGAACCUGUUAAGAAAACGUUAAGUUACUCCCUUUAUCCUUGCAGUUCAGCACACUGUGGCUUGCAACCUUAGCUUAGGGACCAGAACUCUACAGAUUGCUGUAGGCAUAAAAGUGUAUUCCAUUAAGGGACACUGGAUGAAAAUUACUGGAUGUAGUCCUAGUAUAAACACCUGAUACUUUUCAGAUAAAAUUUAAUCAAAGUUAGAUGAACUGCCAAGAUACUUACAUUUGCAUAUAAGAUUUCUGUAGCACAAAGGGGUUUAGUUAAUUCCUUAACAGUGUGUUCACAAGCAAGACAAUAUUUUUUAAAAAAGCUUUUCAUGCAAUGAAGAUUUUAGAAAAUGGCACAAAAAUGUUUAUACAUCCUCUGUCGCAAAGUACAUUCUUACAAUUGCAGCCCCGCGCCCCCUGCAAAUGGCUAAAAUAGAAUAAAGAAUGCUAAUGAGAUGUAAGGUUUGGGUUUUACAGUCCCCUGCACAGCUAUUGCUUUUUCUCUUAGCAAACAUAGCAAAAUGACAAGGAGCAAAUGAUAUUUUCAAAAAUCAAAAGGGAUGAGUUAACUUCAUGGUUGGUUGUUUCUAUGGAAUAUACUCAAAUUUGACCAGGCGUGUUUUCUGCAUAAAAAUUUUCAGCAUAAAAUUAAUGUAAUUUUGUAUUUUACGAGUUAACCUAUUUGCAUAGGCUAAAGUCAAUAUUGUCUUUUAAAAGUUAUUACAGAUUUUCUGUAUUUUGUUAAAAAUUGCUUAGCAUGUACUUUCCCUAGGUUACAGAAGCCAACCUGAAAUGAAACUAGUCUAAAAAAAAUUCAUUGUUCUCUGUAGUUGCAGCAGUACCUGAAAUAAAAAUGUUAUUGAUGACCAAA